AUGCCUUGUCCCAAUAAAGGUUGGCCAGAUAACGAACGUUCCACGUUACACGAUGCGAAGUCACACAUGUUAAUAAGAAAGUUACGGGGCUAUAGCGAUGAACGAAUGCGACCGACGAAGAGGCAAUCGUAAGAGAAAGAGAGCUGUUCAGGAUGGUUGAAACGGGGGUUCGUGUCACGACUCUGUCCCGGGUGGAAAAAGUGAAUCUCUCCGCGUAGACGCGACAAUGCUCCGCAUCCAGUUCGCGAUGAUAAUUCACGAUCAGACGAAAAUGGAACUAAGAGGAAACUAAUAGCUACAAAAAAAAUAAAAAAAAAACAGGAAAAGUAGAAAUCGUGUACUGAAGAAAUAUUUAAUUUCUAUGGUUUUAGUUCUCAUCAGUCAGCGGCAAUCGUACAAGCGUUUGCGAUGGAAAGUAAAAGCUGCAAUAAUUUCAUAAGUUAUGUUGAGCUAGAGGAACACGAGAUGCAGCCAUUAGGUUCUAGUCGACGUAAUUCUUUGUCCGAGAACAAUAUUAAGCUGCUACCAGGUGAAAGCUUUGUCACCAAAGCACAAAACGUCCUCAUGUUUUCACCUGUUAGUGAUUUGAAUCAAGGAACAUCUGGUAUUUUAUCCGUUACAAAUUUCAAACUCACUUUUGUCACUACUGACGAAACAAAUGGAGAUGAUGUGACUCGUCAACAAAAUCAUCUUUAUGGAUACAUGGACACGUGUUUAACAAACAUAGAAGAUAUUUAUGUAACUGUAGGAGAUAAGAAAAGAAAAUUGUUACCUGGAAAUAUAGUACCCUCUAAAGUAAAAGGGAUAUUUAUUAUUUGUAAAAAUUUACGAACGUGGUCGUUCUCUUUCAAAUUUUCACCCAUCGGCGAUGGGAAAAAUCUGUUGCAAGCAUUGUUACAUUAUGCUUUCCCCAGCAAGCACGACCUGUUAUUUGGUUACGAUUAUCAAGAGGCUUACUAUAGUAGUCUUGAUAAAGCUGUUCGUUUGUUUCGGGACAUCUCUGACUGGCAUAACGAGUUAGAACGCACUAUACGCAAUGAGAAAUUCAGAAAAUGUUGGAGACUGUCUACUGUUAACGUAGAUUUCAAACUGUGUCGUAGUCUGUCUCGAUAUAUAAUUAUACCGGCUUCCAUUACCGAUAGUCAGCUAAUAGACGCAGCUAAGCGCUUUCAAGGCAACCGUCCGCCAAUUUGGUCUUGGUCGAACGCGCGUGGCGCAGCGUUAGUGAAAAUGCCCGAACUUUCGCCGUUGGUCACCAACAGGAUACAAGAGAACAUUAUGUUCGAGAACGUUCGUAAAAGUCAUCCGCAGAAAAUGCCGCCGGUUGUUCUAGAACUGAAUAAAGGCAUCAGCGUGAAGCUAAUAGCAAUAGCGUUUUCGAAGUUUGCCAGUCUAUGCUCGCCAGAGAAUAUCAGGCAGUUCUGGCUGCAGGAUAAUAAUUUUUACUCGUUGGUAGAAAACACAAAGUGGUUGAAGUACGUGUCGUACUGUUUGCAAAAAGCUGUCGAAGCUUGCGAGCAUCUUCACUUAGGAUUGUCUGUUAUUUUGCAAGAAGGUGCUGGCACUGAUCUUUGUUGCAUCGUAUCGAGCUUAGUUCAAUUGUUACUCGAUCCCUAUUUUCGAACCAUAAACGGGUUCCAGUCGCUGUUGCAAAAGGAAUGGGUCGCCAGUGGUCAUCCAUUCUGCGAUAGAUUAGGUCACAUUUGCAAGAGGACCUCGGAGAAGUCUCCGUUACUACUCUUAUACCUCGAUUGUGUCUGGCAAUUGAGUCAACAAUUCCCCGCAGAAUUCGAAUUCACGGAAACGUACCUGACAACGCUGUGGGACGCCGCCCACGUUUCCAUUUUCGACACGUUUAUUUUCAAUUGCGAGAAAGACCGAGUUGCGGCAGCUACGGACCCGGACAGACCUCUUGUUCUACGGAGCGUGUGGGAUUGGAGGGAGCAGUUCAACGAGCAGGAUAUUCUGUUGUUCGACAAUCCCUUGUACAAUCCCCACGAAGCCGAUUCCAAGGAGAAACACGUGAUAAAACCAUUGUACAACGUCGCGAAUUUGGAGCUUUGGAGUCAGUGUUAUUUUCGGUGGAUACCGACACUGGAGAUUCACAACGGUGGGCAAAAUCACAUCGAGCUUUACGCCAGGUUGCUGCGUAACGACGUAAAUCAACUGAAGAUGAGCAUAAACGGUAAUUGCGGCUCGCCUAUCGAUAAAUCGAACAGCUGUUCCGUUCAGAUGAACAUCGACAGCUUUUAUCCGUUCUCGAAUAGAAAGUCUGGGAACAUAGUGAGCACACCGAUCAUGAACAGCUCCAUUCUUGCGACGAAAAGCUUGUUAGAGGCGCAGUCUUUAAUCACUGCAACCGACUGAUGUACAUAUCCCGCUGACGUUUGUUCUUUCGAUUUGUUGAAGAAAGCGGGUAAUAUCUGUUACCUGAUCCUUUCAGUGCCAAAUUUUCGUACCGUUUGCCAGCAAAUUGUGACCCAAGAUUCUGUCUAAUUUAUAUCACAGUAAGUCUCAUUUGUGUAGCUACGUUAUAAUUGUGAUUUGAAUUUACUUG